CGAACCUAAAUCUGGCUCGUUAUCUCAUCUUUUAUCAUCCAGCAAAUUCGAAGGACUUGGGGAAGACAAGGCCAUUUACAAUUCAGUGGACAAGCCGACGGAGGACGCGCAAGAUGCCAAAGAAUGCAGCACAAUUACGGGGAAGGAAUAUUAGGCGAUCUCUUGCAGAGAUCAGUCCUGCCGACGCGCCGUCUCAAUCACAGAGCCCUUUGUUCAGGCUUCCACCAGAGAUUCGAAACUAUAUCUUCGAACUAGCCUGUAGCCAGUGUGAAGAGACGUCCAAGCUCGGCGACACCCCUUACCCUGGAUGGCGCCCAUUGUAUGAGCAGCGGAAAUCCUUGAAAACAUCAACAUCGCUGCUGGCAACAUGCAAAUUGGUCUAUUCAGAAACGAGCUUGAUCCCGAUACGGAGUGCUACUCAUAUGGUUGACCUUGAGGAACCUCCCUACGAUACCUACACCCUAGCUCUCCGUCCUUUCGCUACUAUGACCCAACGUACCCUCGAGAAUCUGAACCACGUUCAUUUGCUUGCGGAUUUCAUUUACUUCUUUUUGUCCGACGUAAUAUUUCAGAUGCCACGGUUCCGACCGAAACGCUUGACGGUAACCACCGACGCGUUGUCUAGCGCAAGGAUUCGGACAGCUUAUUUCUUCUCGAAUGUCGACCAAAAGCUAUACCAUGGACUAAGUACAAUGAAAUUCCCGGGCUCCCUCAAACGUUUGGAGCUAAGGAUAAUCAUUCCUUUGCACUUUCCUAUCGGGAUCGAGACGACCAAGGUGUUUUCAGAAUCCGUAAUCCAGACUCGAGGGCACAGCACGCUUUCAUUUCAUUCGUUCGAAAUAGUGCUCACUCCUUGCCCGUUACUAGAAGAGCACUACCAGGGGAAAGCAGAGCAACUCCGCUUUAAGGACCACUUCCAGGCACAAACUAUCCAGGGCAUUUGGGUGGAAUCGCCUUCAUCAGAUCACCGUGCGUCAAUCAAUACAGAAGUUGAUUUCCGAGACAUGUAUGGGAAUAGGCUACCCCUUCCACCUCUUUUGGAUGUUGUGAAGUGUCCCCCUGGUACUCCUUGGAAAACGUGGUGGGAGGAGCAGCUGGCCACGGCAUGGUGUGAAAUCAGAAAACGGAGAGAAGUUGGCAUGAUAAUCGUACGUGGCUUAAGGUUUCUUCAGUCAUACGGUUAGCAGGUAUGUGACAAAAGGGAAUUCUCAGUAUACAGAACUUUCUCGUUAUUAUGUUCCAGAGCCAUAUUGUCAGUAUUGGGUGUUCAAUAUUUCCGGUAUGGAAUAUAUUAUUGACCGGGGCUGGCAGCCGCCGAUCUUCGACUCGCCUCGAAUUUCAUAGGCCCCCACAAGGUCGACUGUUGAACUGCAAAGCAUUACUUAUUAAUUUUUUAAAGUCAAUUGCCGUU